AUGAACGCACUCAGAACUGUAGCUACUAGAUUAUCCACACAGACCUUGCGCCCAUGCGUCCAAGUUGCCUCCAAAUACAACUACACAACAGCAGCAGCAGUUACAAAAGUACCUAAAAUCAAUGUCAUGGAACAAAUCACACAACAACAAAUCGAAAAAUCCAACAUGGAUGGUCGUCGUGAGCUCUUUAGCCGCAACAAUCCUCAAGGCGUGAAGCCUGGAUCUAUUGUCCUUGUCGAGACAUUGAACGGACCUGGAGAAACCACCUCAUCCACCUUCAUGGGUGUUUGCAUCGCUAUUCGUAGAAAGGGCAUUGACACAAACUUUACACUUCGCAACAUUGUUAUGCGUGUUGGUGUCGAGCAGAGGUAUUCGUUAUAUUCACCAUUAUUAAAGAGCAUCAAGGUCAUGCAAAAGCCCAACGAAAUCAAGUUUAGAAGAGCCAAAUUGUUCUAUUUAAGAGAUCAACCUGGUAAGGCUUUCCAACCUCUUCAAGCCUUGUGGAAGCAAGAACAAUUAGAAAAGAGCAAGAAAUAA